AUGAGAAACCAGCCUGAGGUCCGGUCAAAACCAAGAGAAUGGUAUUAUUAUUGCGGCAAGCUUCUUAGCAUCCUGGCGUUGUCUUGCGUGGUGAAAUUCUCUCGCCUAGUUGAGGUGAUGCUGCGUUCCCGAAAAAUCAUUCAGCCUGCCAUGUGGAUCUCCUAUCUGUGCUAUGUGGUGUUUUUUGCCCUGUGGAUUUACACCAGCUGCUUCGUGCAACCCCGGCAUCCAAAUUGGAGCGAAACCCAUAAAUAUUUGAUUUACAGCGCAGCGUGUGCGGCGACGGCGGGAGGAGUUUUGUGGACAAUUGCAGUAUGGCCCAUAUUCCACAUAUGGACAAUACCGCUUGGAAUGGUGGUGCUGGUGCUGUUUCUUGAAGUCGUCGCCAUUAUCCCGUGGAAUUCGCGCAAGAUGAAGCACUGA